AACCUCCCUAUCUCCUCAUUUUUAUUAGCUCAUUCUCCUUUGUUUAUUGCUCUUGUAGGGUCAAGUUGCACCGAACUCGGAACCCAGCUCAGCCCCAAGAACACUCCUCCCCUUUCCUCUCAAAAACAAACCCUCUCUCUCUCUCAUUCUCCAACAACAUGGACAGCCCACAAAGAAUAUCCAUUAAAGAACCUCAAGUAAUCCUCUCUCCAUGCAGCAGUGCUAGAAGGAGGAGGAGAACAAGCACUUGUUCAAACUCACCCGAAUUCGAGUUCUGGAUGGUCAGAAACCCAUCUUUCCCUCAACCAAAUCUUGUUUCUGCUGAUGAGCUCUUUGUUGAUGGUGUCCUCCUCCCUCUCCACCUCCUCCACCAACCCAACAACAACACUAACAACAGCCACCCUGACCCUGACCCUGACUCACCCGAACCCGAACCACCCAACGCUCAACCUGACCCUGGACCAGAAAUUUCACCAGCAAGCAUAACCAUAGAGCCAACCUCAAGCUCAAAGAGAUGGAAAGAUAUGAUAUUCAAGAAAGGUGACAAGAAAACUUCAACAGCAGCCAAGAAACAAGAAGAAAAGGAUAAGGACAGAGACAGAGACAAGAAGAGAGAGAAAAGGAGUCAGAGUGGAGCGAGUUCAGCUGAGUUGAAUAUCAUCAACAUAUGGCCAUUUUCACGCAGUAGAUCCGCAGGGAACAGUGUGACCCGACCCAAGUUGUUUCCCGGGGCCCCUGGAACCCGGAAGGUUAGCAGUGCCCCUUGUUCAAGGAGUAAUUCAGCAGGGGAAUCCAAAUCAAGAAAGUCUUGGCCAAGUAGUCCGAGUCGACCCGGUGUCCAUGUGGGUCGGAGCAGCCCGGUUUGGCAGGCUCGACGUGGAGGUAGUUCCGGUAUGAAGAGUAGUUUCCCCGAAGCCGUGGUUCGGAGUGGUGAAAAAUUGAGCAGCAAAAAAGAAGUUACCGAGCCUGGCCGCGGUAAGAACAUAGCAAGUGGCAAUGGCAGCACUAGAGCAAAGGUUUUGAAUAUAAAUGUUCCCGUGUGUAUUGGUUAUAGAAACCAUUUGAGCUGUAGAAGUGAUGAAAAUAGUGCUAUCGGUGCCCGCGGCAGCGGCGGUGGCAAAAAUGUUGCUGGUGGUAGCACUGAUGGUAGUAGUGCUACCAAUAGCACCAUAAAUGUUGGAAAUGGUGGCAAUCUUUUCAAUUUUCGCAGCCUCUUCUCAAAAAAGGUUUAUUAAGAGUUUGUAAUUAAUUGACACUCUAAUUAUAUAUUUUUCUUUUAAGGUUUGAUUUA